UCAAUUAAACUAGAACAGAUUCAUUAGCUCCGGAAACUGUCAUUUUCUUGAUACAAUCAUGUGGCUUUUGGCGUUAGCAAUAGUUUCCAUUUUAGUUGGAUUUGGAUCAGCGGAAAGCAAAUAUAAUGUCACUUAUGCAGAUUUGGAUAAGUGCAAACAGUACAACGCAGUAAGUGGUUACAACUACCACGCCUAUUUCAAAUUGGAGGAUUUGGAUAAUCACAAUCUGGACAACGAAACCGUCGUUAAUUUGCGCUUGUUUGUUGUGGCUGCCAAGGACGCACACGUGCUCCUUUCCGAUUCCGAUUCCAAUGGGCCAGAUUCGCAGGUUUACGAGAUAGUUAUCGGCGCCGGGGCAAACACUUUCAGCGAGAUAAGAAAGCAGCGCAAGAAAAACCCACUCAAGACGAAAAGUACGAAGGGAGUACUGUCACCGAUCGAUCCGCUGCCGCUGCGAAUUCGCAUCACCAGGCAAGGCCUGAUCGAGGUUGGCAUUGAAGGGCAGGAUCUGCCGCUGAUGUCGGCAACCGAUAAAAGUAUCAUCGAGGUCAAAUAUCUCAGCUUUAGCUCUUGGGGUUCGACCAUGGCCAAGUGGUUCUACGAUUGCCCCUCGGAUGACGAAUCAACGACUGAAUUGGAGGAAAUGAACCCUAUAAAGGAUUUAACCCCAAGGGAGAAGCUCCUCUACGAGCUACAACUGAACACGAGCUUCACGGCACCCGAUUUUUACACGGAGAUCUACAUCAAGCAGCUAGUUUUCACUCGAGUAUCAUACGAUUCGUGGAAGAACACGCUGGAAGCGAGAUUCUUUCUUCGAGCGACUUGGAACGACAAUCGAACCAUCUGGGUUCCGGAGGAUUAUGGCAACAUUACCAGACUGGUUGGAUUUCAGUAUCUCACAUGGAACCCGAGCAUAUUUAUUCGAGAUGAUGCCGAAGCAAAACUGUUCGAAUUAUACGGAUUGGAUCAUGUGUCGUUCACCCACGACGGACGAUUCGAGUGGUUAUCGAAGGAAAUCUCCACGGAAACGUACUGCCCGCUUCGAGAGUCGCCGGAUUGGCCUUUCGAAACCAACGAAUGCGAUUUGGCCAUGGCUACGGAUCACGCAACGGCGCCACUGAAGCUAGCGUCCGACGCAGUGAGCUUUCAUCCAAACAUCAUCCAGUCGGACUGGAACGUGGAUAAGAUAACCAAGCACGAAUUUGUCAACACGCAUGAGUUGUUCUCGCUGAAGGACGGAACCCCUCGAGUGGAAUCGGUUCUGAGGUUGCAUCUUCGACGGAACAACGAAUUCUACGAUACCGUGCUCUAUGCGCCUUACUUUGUUGCUAGCGUGAUGAUUCUGGUUGCAUUUUGGCUGGAUGGGAUGCAUAGAAUUUUGGUUAACACUUUCGGAACUGUGAUGCUGAUAGCAACGUUUCUUCAGAUUUCCGUAUUCGUGCCCGCAACGAUGAAUCCCAAAAUUUUCACCUUCUUUCAUUACAGCCUCUACUUUUCAUUCAUCUGUAUCCUUCUGUUCAUUCUGGACAAGUGUUUGCAAACUUACGGCGGCAAGGUUGCGCCUGAUUCCUGCCUCACACAUUUGAUCAGUUAUCCAUAUCUGAGAAUCGCUUUCAGAUUGGAUGGUGGAUCGAACUAUGACUCUCUGCAUCGAAAAAAUAUCGAAAAACGUGAUUUUGUUACUAUUUUGGAUAGGGUGGCCUUUUUAGUUCUGGCUGCAAUACUUGUAGUAUCGAUCUUUAAAAAGAUUUAAGAUGGAGCCAACUACACAAUUAAUCACGUGUUUUCAAAUAGCGUUAGUUUUUCGAAAUAAAUCCAAAAAAAUUA